AUGUCAAGCAAGGAAAGGUACAACUACUUUUGCAUGUUCACCCCAGAGGGGAAGAUUCUUCCGAUUGAAGGAGUGAUCAGAUCAACAGAGCACGGAAGCCCCUGUGUGGCCCUGCGGAACAAAAACAUGGCAAUUAUAAUAGCACAGAGAACAGGGAAGAACGACAAGCUCACAGAAGGCAAAACAAAGAUAAAACAGUUAGAUAGCAAUCUCGUGUAUGUCUAUGCAGGCAUAACAAACGACGGAAUAAAGUUUGGAAACGAUCUGAGAGACGAGAUACAGUACUCGAAGUACAUACAGGGAACGUCCUCUCCCAUUUCCCAGCUGCUGGAAGAGAAGCAGUUCUCCAAUGCGCUGGAGAUCAUGAGGUACGGAAGGCGUGCUUCGGGCAUUUCGGUUAUUAUAGCAGGGGUUGACAGAGGAAAGAUCGAAGUGAUAGAGAUGGGCCCAACGGGCGAGGCAAUUCCGUGCUUUGGAGCAUGCAUUGGGUCAAGAGCGCAGUCGGCUAGGACUAUUUUGGAGUCGCACACAGAGAACAUCUACGAGCUCCCAGAUGAAGAUCUGAUGAGCCUGGGAAUUGCAGCCUUCAGGAAUGCAGUGAAUGAUCCAGAAGUCAUGUCAAAUGGACACUUUGACGUGUGCAGAAUCUCCCUUACUGAUGGAGUUGUUUUUACGCCCGGAUCAGAAAUAGAAACAGCCAUGUAA